GUCCUCCCGGAGUCUGUCGACCGUGAGUUGCUGUCCGCCCUUACCGUGACCCCCGCAAGACUUCAACUAAGACGUCCCUUUUUUUGCUAUUUUUCUAGGAAGCCUUCGCCAUGGCCGAUAUCGAUGUUCAGGUUGCUCAAUGGAAGCUGGUUGAGGUUGGCCGCGUUGUGCUGAUCCGCAGCGGUCCUUACACCGGCAAGCUCGCUGCCAUUGUUGAGAUUGUCGACCACAAGCGUGUCUUGGUUGACGGUCCCUCCACCGAGGAGCAGAAGAUCGUUCCCCGCCACGUCCUUCCUCUCUCCCACGCCACCCUCACUCACUUCGUCAUCCCCCGUUUGCCCCGUGCUGCCGGUACUGGCCCCGUGAAGAAGCUUUGGCAGAAGGAGGAGAUCGAUGGCAAGUGGGCCAAGUCCAACUUCGCCCAGAAGACCGAGCGCGCUGAGCGCAGGAAGAACCUGUCCGACUUCGAGCGCUUCAAGGUCCUCCGCCUCCGGAAGCAGGCUCGCUACGAGGUCCAGAAGGCUCACGCUAAGCUCAGGGCGGCUGCUCCUAAGUCAUAGACGGUUCAUGAGGCUCGGUGCAUAGAGUGACAGGGUUGCCUUGGGACGGGGUUAUUUGCUGAUGGUUUUAUUUAUUUUCAGCAAAAUGGGCUGUACGCAUUAUUGACAGCAUAAAAAUGAUUCAAGAACCUUUGAUAUCCUGGCAUAGGUUAUCCUCGUACGUCAUGAAAGAUGGAGGGCGGCACGGAACGCCUUGCAAUUAGUAUAUGGCAAAUGGUAUCUCGGGGUAUUAAUGAUCUUGACAUGACCUGGUCAUCAACUUAGACAAAAACCAAUCCACAAAGCCAAA